AUGGUUGUCGCUGCUCUGAGGUCUGAGCAGCUCACAUCAGCCACGAAUAUGUGUGAAAAAGGAACACUAUCCCGGAAUAUAGAUCCUCAUCGCAAGACAACGGCACGGCCUGACGAAGGAGCGUCUUCUUUCGCCGAGGAGCAAGUUGACGAUACCUUUCUGAUGGAUGCAAGUCUUUUUCAACGAGCCAAAUCUGUGUUGUUUAACGUCUUGUUCUUCACGGUCUACGGAAAUCGUUCUUCAACCGUCCUUGGACUGCUGGCUAUCUUGAUUGAAGACCUUCAAAUCCCAGUCUUCUUUCUCUCGUCUCGUCUCUCUGUGGUAUACUACGUACCGGAUGUCGUCGGAAAUGCUGUAGAAACAAGAUAUGAGGAGUAUGGAACCACCCUUUUCACCGCUUUCUUUGGGGUCGCAGUUGGGCUGGUUUUCCUCACAGCUCUCAACAUUCUAUGGGUUGCAUAUGGAUUUGUUCGAGGGCAGCAUAAAUACGUCUGGCCUAUAACGACACUUCGGUUGCUGGGAGCUUUUGUGCCAACAGUACUUUUCAUACCGAUCUUGGAUAUUUUGACUACGUCCUUUGACUGUAGUGACUCAAUUGGACCCGGAUUCGAGAGUCUCGCGUGUACCUCCACUACUCGGAUCCCAUUCAUCAUAGUCUCGGUCGUCACUAUUAUCACCUUCCUACCAGUAACAUUUUUGAUCAAUCUGCUGUUCCUCGACGCAGAUCCGAUUAACAAAGACCCUGGUGCAAAGACACAUGGCAGAGUUGAAAUCGUAUAUGCUGUAUUGAAGACAAUCGUGUCUUUUGUGUGGAAAGUCAGUCCUGAUGGCAACAUGUUGAUCAAAGUUGGUGUUGUAUUGGGUCUAUCGCUCGUUAUGCUCCUGUGUUCCGUAUUUUACUAUCCCUAUUACGACUCGAGGAUCAACCAUAUGAGGAUUGCAACCUACUUUGCUUCGACUUUCCUCGGCCUUGUCUCAAUGAUCGCCACAGUUGUAACAUUUUACACUGGCGUCGCGCAAGGGCCUUUAGUGUAUAUAAUACUUCUCUCCGCCUACUUCCCAGCUUGGAUUGCUGGCUAUUUAGGAUCUCAGCUUUGGCUCAACUACAUUCAAAAGUCAACUCUGAAGCGUCUUGAUGCUUACGUAGAUGGACAAACAGAAAAGCCAGUCUUUUGGAUAUGGCCUCAUGUUGAGAUCGUCGCCCGUAGCUUUAUUGCCACCUUGAACUCUCGAAAUCGACACCCAAAACCGCAACAACUCGACUCUGUCUUGCGUGUUUUCAAACACGGUCAAAAGGAAUUUUCCCAUCAUAGCUACACGAACGUACAACGGGCAACAUACUAUCUCUAUGUAGGGGCCUCAAAAAACGAGUUCAACAAGGCUCUUAAGAAAUCAGAGGAGCUUCACCCUGCUUUUGAUGGCCAAUUUCAAUGCCAUUUCAUGUCCCAAAUGAACAAUCAAAACCGUCAGGCAACAUUCUUGGGUCCAGAGAUUCGACUUGAUGUAGCUUCGUUCGCCGAGUUUCGUAAAUUGGACAAGACGGCCAAAGUCAAUCAUCAGAUGGCGCUUCAAUGGCAAAGAGUACUCUGGCAAUCUGUGCAGAGAUCUCAUGUCACACUCGAAUACUUGGAAGCAAUUUCGGCCGAAUUGUAUGCACGUUCAGAAGAUGCCAAUGAAGCUUACGGUCAGUUGGUCACAAGAUUUCCCAAGAGUCAAACUCUACUUCGAUUCUACGCCAAAUGCUUGGACGUAACGAACGAGUCUGCCAAGGCUGCCGCGCUCUUGGCUCGAGCCGAUACAUUGGAAGAUGAACUAGCUAUUGAUGAGGCACCAGUAAAAGGGAGGGAAGUUGAAAAAGAAGACAAGAUUCCACAUUCACGUAACCAUAGCGAGGAAAAUCUCGGUCCUCGUGCAAUACCACGAUUGCAGAUGACUGCUGAAAUAGAGUCAGAUUCUGAUUGCUCUGGAGCACCACCUUUGGAAAACAGCAAGGUUGAGACGACACAUUCUCGACGUGAAAGUCUCGGUUCAUCGACUUCAAGGCCCGAACACAAGCAACAACAACUCAACCAGCAAUUGCGAGCAUCCCUACUGCACCGGAACAUUGCAGAUAUUCGUAUUAUUACUGGCGCGGCUUGGAUGAUUGGUACCGUUUCAAUUGCCAUUGUGGUAGCUUCCUAUGUGGUCAUUUCUCAAAGUGGAUUCUCGAACACUGGACUGUCUUACCUUCAUUGGUUGGACUCUCGCGAAUAUUUGACUCCCUUGAUUUAUCGUCGAGCUCGUCAACUUCAAGAUGCCUAUGCCCACAACGAUCAUACCACUUUCACGAGUGUUCAAUCUGUAUUGGCUGCUGAAGCGGCGGAAUUUGAUUCCAUUAAUGCUGCGUUGCUUGCCAACACAGAUUUGACUCAGGACAUUGCUGCAUUCUAUUACACGCAACCCUCGACACCUGUUUUGGUGUCGUUCUAUCCCACUCAAAUCGACCGUAUCUGGAUGAAUUACUCACUCUAUGAGGUCGGGCAAAGAUUCGCUGCUUCUGGACUUCAAUUGUCAACUAUGGAUUUCGCCUCUUUUUCGAAUAUUACGUAUAACAACUACUUUCGAUUCAUUGCCGACAAUUUCUACCUAUUGCAACAGGAAGCUUAUGAAGCAGACGUAAAUGAUAUAUACUUCACCAAACAAGCACAAAUCAUUCAAAAUGCAACAGCUGUUACAAUCGGGUUGACAGUGUGCUUGAUUGUGGUGGUAUUGACAGCCCUUUUGAUUCUUGAUUACCGUGUUCAGAUCUUCCGCAGCAAGCAACGAUUGACCCUAGAUAUCUUCAAGAAGGUACCCAAGGGGUCCGCGCAUGACAUCAUUCAGCUGCUAGAAGAAGCACAAUCAGAAGAUGUCUUUGGAGCAGACACUUUGACUUUUGAGGCUAGGUCUGCCUUGGAAAUGAAGAUCAGGGGUGGUUCUAGUGCAAGGCUCUAUGUCCGUCUUCAGACGGCGUUUUACGGAUUGACUUUGACCGUACUUGUUACCCUGUUUGCUGUUACUAAUCUUAACGGACUGUAUGAUGUUGGGCAACUUUUUGCCAUGCAUGAUCAAUUUUCAGACAUGAUUACUUUUGGAGCUAGAGGAGCCGCCAUUAUCAAGGAUCUCGUAAAUCCCGACUGGUUGACUUGGAGAAAUGACACUUACAUUUUGGCUGCCUUGGACGCUCAAGCCGAUAAAUGGAGCGAAGCCUACGAUGUUGUACGAUAUGGUGAUGAUACGCGUUAUCCACCAUCGCCCAUGCAGAACCAAUAUCCAUCAGACUUGGCAUAUGAUUGGACUGCUCACAUUUGCUUGGCUAACGAUACAUCGAUCUGCCAAAACCGAGUCUAUAACUCUUCGUUUGGAUUCACUUCGUCCUUGGUGAAUUCUGGUUUGAUACACCUUAGUGACCAGCUGGUCAACUUGCUUUCAAACAGUGCAAUUGCUGCAGAGAACGGUACUCCGUACGUCAGUGAUCCGGACGUUGUAGCAGUUUUCGACGCCGUGUUUGAACCUGAUUAUUUAGACGGAAUCACACGGUGUCUGUUGGAGACCUUGACACUUGGCAAUGCGAUUAUCAACGGAGCUACAGUCAGAAAUUCGAUUAUUUUCAUUCUGGAACUGCUUUUGGUGUGCAUUGGAUCAUUCUUUGUGUUCUGGAGGCUCAUAAUGUCUCUAAGGUUUAUGGAGAACUGUAUCGUCGACAUGAUUGUUCGAUUACCAAUAUCCGUCAGAAACCUCUCAGACGUUCAUGAAUUUAUAUGCAAGUUACAAGGUCAAGGCCGAACACUUUCAAAGGACUCAUUAUCUCCUCCUACGCGCUUAUUGCCAUUGCUCUCGUGGCGCAAAGAAUCUACCACCAAACUAGGCGACAGGAAGGCUCAAACGUUGAGGGAUUGGACUGCUCGUCCCUGGAGACAACAGGAAAUCAUAAAGUCUCGUGGUUUAGAACAAGAGACCUCGAUAUCAGCUGAUGCAGUGUGUAAUUCAACGGCAAAACCCACUGAGGGGGUUCGAACGAGAACCUUGUCAUUUAGUGGCGAAGUCCUCAAAUUUUCUGGAGACAAUCAGUCACAAACUCCAGCCAAGCGCUCUUUCUGA